CAUCCACGUCUCAUCACACCUUGCCUGCUUCCAUCGCUCAUUGCCACAUGCUCAAGCCUUGCUGCAGUGAUCGCAUGGUUUGUGCAAUUCACGAAGGCUCUGUGGACUUCGCAAACGCUGGACAGACCUCGGAUAUCUAGUCUUCGGUCUGUCGAUUGUCGUGAUCUGUUCCCCUGAAGAAGCUUGAAGUGCGUGGCUGCAGGCGACAGGCAGCUUUCGAUCGCUGGUCGAUUGUUGUGGUGUGUUUUGAAGCUGUUGCAUAAUGAAGAAUGUCGGGGUUGAUCUGGUGCUGGCAAUACUGGUCUGCGUUUUCUUAGCUGCAGGAGCAGCAGCUGAAGGUCAUGCGUUUGCUCAAACGAAAGUUUUUGUAGCCGAUCGCAAGGACUUCACCAACUGGUCUGCUGUCAUUGUGGGCAAGGUGUUCUGCGAUCGAUGCAUUCAGAAUAAAGUCUUCCCAUUCGCGCAUCCCAUGAGCAAAGCAAAGGUUUCGGUGCAAUGCAAGGACUGGUCAGGUCGAGUCGUUGGUUACGCCAGAACAUCAACAAAUUUCCUCGGAGAUUUCAUCGUGCAAUUCAAAGGCAAGAAGGAUCUGUCCGGAUGUUCAGUUUACUUGGAUGGAAGCUCGGAUCGCAGUUGCAACAUCAUCGGAGGGGGACGUAGAGCCAUCAGCUUGAAAUCCAAGUUUUUGUUUCAAGCGUUCUACGUAGCGGAUCCUCUAUUCUACAAACCUGCAAGGCCGAUGGGAUUCUGCCCUAAGAAGAGCCGACCAUCGCGUGGAAGAAUCACGGUCCCCUUUCCCAACAGACGCCCAUCAACUUGCUCAUAUCUGGACUGGCUCCGUCCUGACUACAGAUGCUACUGGCCCAAGGAUUUAUCACCAUGGAAAACCUCAGUCGGCCGUGUGUUCGGUAGAGGAGCACAAAAGAAGUAUGGCAAUAAGCCGCUUGCGGGGGGUCUUCUCACAGGUGACGAUCUUCUCCGCCAGGCCAUAACCGCCCUUCUCAACUCCCGAACAAACAAGCAUUUCUAUAUGUCUCCGCGCGGAAUCAAGGCCAAAUUCUCCAAGGCACUGUCCGGUUCAUGGAAAGCAAAGUCAGCUCAAGCGAAUGCAUUUCGGAAUGCCAACAACGGCUACGGCAAGGGCAAGUGCUUGCUCGUACCCUGCAAGUGGUGAUCAGCUGCAGUUAGUUGCAUUUUCCUAUAUGGGUUCUCUGAGCUCGUUCCCACAAGACUAAAACAGUUAAUUAGUUGGUUCAGACCUUUCUCAAUCCCUGCUACCACCUAUUCAGUGGGCAAGAUGGCAUUGUUUUUUAGUGUUGUUACUUCAGCAGCUUCGACUGCCUAGUAUUUCCAUUGCAAUUAUUCUCUUACUCUAGCUUUAUAAAAAACACGUCUCAUGGCGAUUGUGCUCUUCCGUCUCAGAGCCAUACAA